AGAGAUGCACAGGGAGAUUGCUACUAUGCUGACACGUGAGCUAUAUAUUAGUCCAACCAAACUGACAUCGAUGGGUAUAUGGUGGACCUGAACUACGAGGCCUGGCUGGCAGCUGAUGUAAGGUAGGGAUGUGUGUGAUGGUGUAUGGUGGACCUGAACUACGAGGCCUGGCUAGCAGUUGAUAUAAGGUAGGGAUGUGUGAUGGUAUAUGGUGGACCUGAACUAUGAGGCCAGGCUGGCAACUGAUAUAAAAGAUGUGUGUGAUGGUGUAUGGUGGACCUGAACUACGAGGCCUGGCUGGCAGCUGAUGUAAGGUAGGGAUGUGUGUGAUGGUGUAUGGUGGACCUGAACUACGAGGCCUGGCUGGCAGCUGAUGUAAGGUAGGGAUGUGUGAUGGUGUAUGGUGGACCUGAACUACGAGGCCUGGCUGGCAGCUGAUGUAAGGUAGGGAUGUGUGAUGGUGUAUGGUGGACCUGAACUACGAGGCCUGGCUGGCAGCUGAUGUAAGGUAGGGAUGUGUGAUGGUGUAUGGUGGACCUGAACUACGAGGCCUGGCUGGCAGCUGAUGUAAGGUAGGGAUGUGUGAUGGUGUAUGGUGGACCUGAACUACGAGGCCUGGCUGGCAGCUAAUCUAAGGUAGGGAUGUGUGUGAUGGUAUAUGGUGGACCUGAACUACGAGGCCUGACUGGCAGCUGAUGUAAGGUAGGGAUGUGUGUGAUGGUGUAUGGUGGACCUGAACUACGAGGCCUGGCUGGCAGCUGAUGUAAGGUAGGGAUGUGUGAUGGUGUAUGGUGGACCUGAACUACGAGGCCUGGCUGGCAGCUGAUGUAAGGUAGGGAUGUGUGUGAUGGUGUAUGGUGGACCUGAACUACGAGGCCUGACUGGCAGCUGAUGUAAGGUAGGGAUGUGUGUGAUGGUAUAUGGUGGACCUGAACUACGAGGCCUGGCUGGCAGCUGAUGUAAGGUAGGGAUGUGUGUGAUGGUGUAUGGUGGACCUGAACUACGAGGCCUGGCUGGCAGCUGAUGUAAGGUAGGGAUGUGUGAUGGUGUAUGGUGGACCUGAACUACGAGGCCUGGCUGGCAGCUGAUGUAAGAUAAUUAUUGGGUUCGUAAGUUUGAGGUAUGGUGUCCAGCCAUGACAGUCAUAGCGCACUAGGGUUACCAACAGGACAGGUCUCAGAUGAGAUAUGAGCAAUCGUGAUAACUUUGAUGUCAUCCUUACAAUGUACAAUGUGUGUAUAGGUCAGGCUGAGGACAGGAAGUUUUAGGAAGCUCUCUCUAGACUGUCUCGUACUAGACGAGGGACACAUGCUCAAGAACAGGAACUUACUGCAAUACACACACCUCAUGAAAAUACAGGCUAAGAGGAGACUCCUGCUCACGGGGACUACACUACAGAACAACCUGCUGGAGCUCAUGUCUCUACUCAGUUUCGUUAUUCCUUUCAAACAGUUCUCUGCUCAAAUCAGAAACACCUUCUCUAGAGCUAGGAGAGUGGACAAGUCGAGUGCCUACUACCAGGAGCAAGCAAGACAGGCCAAGCAGAUCAUGGCACCCUUCACACUGCAGAGGCUCAAGUUACAAGUGUUGAGUCAGCUCCCGGCCAAGGUGUCCAGUACGGAGCAUUGUCAGCUGACGGAUACUCAGUGGACGUUGUACAGGGGCGUGGUGGAGAGGUUACUCAUGGUCAAUCAGGGUCGACAUGGUGAUGAGCUCAACAAGAGGAUGGACGUGAUGGACCUUCGCAAGGCCACCAACCAUCCCCUACUCCUGAGACACCACUACACUGACCACACCCUACACUGCAUGGUGAGAGACAUCCUAAAGGAGUCCAGUCACACAGAUGCUGCUCCCAACCUCGUGUGGGAGGAUAUGAGUGUAAUGUCCGAUUUGAGCUACACAACCACUGUACAAGGGUGAUCGUGUGUUGGUGUUCAAACGUAUCAUUUAGCGACAGUUUCGUACAAGUGAAAGGUGUCUCAGUAAAGACACUAUAGAGGAUAAUGUUCGAUUCUGAUUCUUCUCCAGAUUUGAUAAGAAACCAAAAACAGCUCCUGAGUUGUCAUCAAUGGAAACACAGUCUUGUACCAUUACUGCUGAUGUAGUGGAGUUGACUGAUGUAUCCUAUAGGUGAAACUGUAUUCACAUUGAUAAGAUUUGAACGUUUUACUUGUUGCAAGCAGCUAGAGUUAGGGAUGUGCUGGAGCUAUAGUUACCGUGAUGAGUAUACAGUGGGUCAGAAUCAGAGGAAGAUGGUUAUUCUGUCAAACAGAAGAAAUCAAUCCUCAAGUUUAUGUGAUUCCUCCAUGGAUGAGCUGUGUUAUAUUCCACGCUGCUCUGUUCUAUAUAAUUAUUUCUAGUGCUAUUAAUUACAUGGUCAUAGGCUGCCUACAAAUUAACGUUUAGUUUACCUUUAUUGUGUCAUUUCAGCCUUGUAUAGUGUACUUGCGUAAUUUGUGUGUGUAUUUGUACUGUAGGUGGAGGCUCUUGUUGCAAAGAAGGGUCUUAGUGAGCAGUUGCUGGAGGGCUGUCUGACACUACUGGCAGAGAGGAAGGUUCUUGUUAGACUAUACUGGCUCAAUGCAGGACCAUCUCCGCCUCCAUCCAAGACAAGUUCUCUCACCUGCAAAACUCAGAGUGUGUGAGUACUAUACUGGAGGUGAUAUGGUGUACUCGGCACAUGUAGCAAGAUCAACCAGUUGAGACCAAGCAAUUGAUAUACUCCUUCAACUUCAUGCAGGGACUAUAUACGUGACCCACUGAACACUGAGUGCACUAUUUCACACACCAUGCAACGUGCAAUAGAUUUGUUUGUUGACUGCUCACCUUGGGUUCAUAACAGCAGGUAUACUCUCAAGACCUCAAUGCAAUACUGGCUGAUGAAAUGAGCCUUGGUAAGACAGUGGAGGCGAUAUCGUUCCUGUCCCACCUCUAUCAGCAGGGCUCCAGUGGUCACUUCCUCAUCGUGGUCCCCUCCUCCACUCUAGAGAGUGGACGAGUCGAGUGCCUACUACCAGGAGCAAGUGAGACAGGCCAAGCAGAUCAUGACACCCUUCACACUGCAGAGGCUCAAGUCACAAGUGCUGAGUCAGCUCCCAGCCAAGGUGUCCAGUACGGAGCAUUGUACAGGGGCGUGGUGGAGAGGUCAAUCAGGGUUAAUCAGGGCCGACAUGGGAUGUGACAGUGCUGAGGCUGGUGGGUGGUGGGACAGUGGAAGAUAACAUCCUCCACUACCAGUGCAUGUGUACAGAACAAGCUGCAACUGGAGCACGACCUCACAGCCUCCACUGACCACGCUAGAUACGAAAAUUGUGAACUGUGAACUGCAUUGAUCGAAUUACAACAAUCAGUAGUGCACCUGGAAGUAAGAGUACUAUUAUCUCUCCAUGUAACGUUGUCCAGUCAUUAUGUUUAGGUUUUUAUGCAAUUUUAUGCAGGUGAUGUGGUUAAAUGAAUUGGUUUGUCUAUGCAUGCAUGUGGGGCACAUGUUGCAAGUUUGGACGCCAAUUUAUGCAGUGUUGUUUACUACUGGUCACAGCUUUUAUCUUUUAUCUGAUCGAUCAGAGUGGAGUUCCUCAACAAGGAAAGAUUCACACUGCAAAUCUGGGACACACUCUGCAUGAUCUAUAGUCAACUAGUGGGCAGGUUUCAAGCAUUGUGCUAGCCUCGAUUCCAGGCCGCACUUGUUGAGGCCUUGUGAAGGAGGCUAUAGCAUUGUGCAUGCUCAGAUAGAUGGAACAUAAGUAAAAAGUUUGUGCCCAACUAGCUUUUUAAGAAUGUCUUGAACUGGACAAUGAGAGACAAUUGUGAAAAAAAUUAUGGUAGACAGUCCUCCUUUGGAAUUCCCAAAAGAGGUAAUCCCCGGGCCAGAAACCCCCUCCUCCCUUCUCCCCUCUCUGACAGUCCCUGCAGUUGAGGAACGACCUCUCCUAGACGAUUUGGUGCCCUAGCAAAGAAGCGAAGAAAAUGUGCACAAAUUGUUAGCUCAGAUGAAGAAGAUGGAGAAAGUUCUUCUGAAGUGAAUGGGAUGUAAAAAUUAUAUGAUUCCAAUUCUUCUCCAGAUUUGAAACGAAACCGAAAAAAACAGGUCCCUAGACCUAGACACUCAGUGUACAUACAGAGUGACAGUGAAUCAGAUGCACCCUCCAGCAAUGAUAGACCUCAUGCCAUUGAACUCAAAGAAUAUCGAAAACAGCUCGUAAGUUGUUGUGGAGACCAAACAAACUGCAUGUGCAGUCUUGUGACACUAAUAGUACCGUGAUGAGUAUAUAUAUACAGUGGGUCAGAAUCAGAGGAAGAUGGUUAUUCCGUCAACAGUACUGAAUGAUUCCUCCCUAGAUGAGCUGUGCGAUAUUCCACGCUGCUCUAUUGCUAAGGCUAAACUGAUUGACAAAAAUCGACCCUUUGAUGCUUUUGUAUGUAUUGAGUGCUUUGAUUGCAGGCAAGGGCUAAUAGACCAGUUCAAUAAACAGGAGAGUAUCUUCGUGUUCCUACUAUCAACAAGGGCUGGGGGUCUUGGCAUCAACCUCACCUCAGCCAAUGUGGUCAUCAUCCAUGAUAUAGACUUUAACCCCUACAACGACAAGUAGGCCGAGGACCAUUGUCACAGGGUCAGCCAGACCAGUGCUGAGGCUGGUGGGUGGUGGGACAGUGGAAGAGGACAUCCUCCAGUGUGCACAGAGCAAGCUGCGACUGGAGCACGACGUCACAGCCUCCACUGACCACAAUGAUAAAUUGGACGUGACUGGUCUCCUACAGAAGGCUCUAGCUAGCAAGAUCUCAAACUAUAUGAACCUCCUAACCUAACGUUGACUAUUGAGUAUACUUCUCAUCAAUAAUAUUAUCAGAUCAGUGUUGUGUUUUAUUGUCAGUGAAAAUAUGUGAUUUUGUAACUAUUAUUAUGAUUAUUCCAAAGCAUCAAGCCAUCAGAUCAGUUUUUAUUGUACAGUAUAAUUUCAAAAGAUACAA